AUGAUCAACAUUACAACCACCACCACCACACCCACUAACAAUGCUCUCGAAAUUGCCAACGAAAUUUUGGAAUUAAUGUCAAAGGUUCGCAAAGAACUCAAUCUGUUACCACCACUCAAUGGAAUUAAACGUAAAUUACCUGACGAGGAUGAAGAUGUGCACAAACGUGUAAAGCUUUCUCCUUCUGAUGUCAACCGCAUCUACGAUCGCAAUGAAUUCCUUGGACGACUCAAAACAUACCCAGGGAUAUACAUUUAUUCUCGAAGACCAGUAUCAGCCGUAGCUUGUGCUAAGAAUGGGUGGUAUUACGAAAAGACAGUCGAGUCCCUAGAUAAUGAUGUUGGCCUAUUAUCAUGCAAAGACUGUAAAGGAACUCUGGCUGUUAUUGAUCUAUCGCCUCAUGAUCCAUCUAAUCCGCAAAUCAAUAAGAUUAUUACCAUCUAUGAGGAAGGUCUAAAGGCGUAUCAUAAAGAAGGGUGUUUCUGGGAAUUUUCACAGUGCAAUGAUUAUGUGAAUAGCUUUCCAAUAAGUACUUACAAGGAAGCAUUAGAACUUGUGUGUACUCAAGGAAAGCUACUCUACAGUCAACAACAUAUUUUGCCAAAUAUUGUUGAUCCAUUGGAUAAAUACCAACGACGAGCAGUCAAUCAAGUUGCCCAGCACUACGAGCAUAACAAAGAUGAGGCAAUGGCAAUUGUCACCGAUUCAUCGUUAAUCACUGCCUACACUCUUCCUCUUUAUGGUUGGAAACUCAAGAGUACAGAAGUACCCUACCUUCAAUGUGAUUCGUGCUUCCAACGUUACUCUCUGUCGCAAGAAAACAAAUCCGAUCAGUUUGACGUGAUUAAAGAGCAUCGUCCUAACUGCCCUUGGGUCAGUUCGACUGAUGCCCUAAUUUAUAGACCUGGUUCACAGCAAGGUUUAAUGAAUGGAUAUGGGUGGAUGCUGGGAUUUGUGAAUAAGGAACACCUUUUGCUACUGGAGGCUUUGGAGUCUAACCGAACAGCAUUACAACAUUUGAGUGAUAAGAAAGAUGCCUUGCGUAAGAAGCUAGAAGAAGAUACCAAACGAAUCCUACUGGCUGCCUCUAAACCAUUUACUCCAUCCCCAGAAUAGACUUUGUAAUAUAUAGAUAUAUAAAAGAAUACCAGCAUAAUAAACGAGAAAUUUGGAAGAAUAUAACAAGAAAA